GUAAAACCAUAUUAAAACCAGGAAGUUUAUCAUCCAGAAGAAUCGGGCCUCGAAAGUGUGUCUUUGAUACUUGAUCAUUAGCGUUCAGUCAGAAGUACCUGGGAAGAAAAAUGUCCGAAUCAAAUGAUUUUAUAAUAGAAGAAGAAAAGAUAACGGACACUUCGAUUUUCGAAUCGAGAGUUCGUCCUAUUCUUGCCGAAUUUAUGGGAUCUAUCAUUUUGGUGUCUGUAGUGUGUGUCGGAGCAGUGAACACAGAGAGUACUACAAUGAAUGCGGUGAUUUAUGGAUUCACAAUGAUGUUUCUGAUCAUUACAUUUGGUGAAAUGAGUGGGGGUUAUUUUAACCCCGUCAUAACACUUGGCUACACCCUGGCAAGAGUAAUAUCGAUUCCUCAGGCUGUGUGUUACUUCUUCGCACAAAUAAUUGGAGGAAUUGUUGGAGCAGCCUUAGUACGGGCCAGUUCCCCGAAUAGGAAAUACAUUCCCGAAUUCAAUGGAUACCAUUCACUAUGGUUUUAUAGAAUGGAUGAAAUGGAAACUCAGAUGACAAUCAUGUUGUCUGAGGCCAUACCAACAUUCAUCCUUGUUUUGACUGUCCUUAUCACUACCUUGGAUCGAAAAAAGCGUUGGCUCUCCCCUUUGGCUAUUGGGUUUUCUAUAAUAGUCUGUUCCUAUACAGGCUUUACUAAAUGGCGUGGAUCUACAUCUAUGAAUCCCCUGUUACGUUUCUGUCCGGCUGUAGCAUUUUCUGGUCGUGAUGACGGUGAAACGCUAUGGAAAAUUCAUUACGUGUACUGGAUAGGCCCUAUUGUAGGGACUCUGGUAGCCUCUCUUUUAUACAGAUUUGUUUUUGCCUUGGGAAGUAAACGGAUUCGGAUCCAUAGACCCUGCUGCCAGAACCAGCCUUAUAAUUCCGAGGGGAAUUAUACAAAUAAAACACCAGAUGAAUUUGCCAAUAUUGGCAAAAAUUUGCCGUAAAGGUUUUGUUGAUAAAACAAUUGUCAAAAUAUGGCGUCAAAUUUUGUGUGUGAAAUGUCCAAAAAAUAAAUAUGUACAACUGGUUAAUUACUCAUAUGUUAUGAUUCUAAUAUUUUUAUCGCAUUCCUUUACCUGGUUUCAUUCAUAAUAAGAAUUUUUCUAUUUAUUUUUCAAUUGUAUGUCGUUAAUCUAACCUUUUUUAUUUUAAACAUUGGUUUUUAAAACCGUGCAGUAUUUUAUUUCGUUAACAAAUAGACAAAAAGCAAUCAAAAUGAACAAAAAAACUUCAAGGACUUACAACUGUUUAUAUUUUGUAUAUCUGUCUGUGAUUUGAAUUUAAACAAAAAGACACAGGCUGACAAUUAAGUUGUAAUGUCCCAGAAGACAUCACUGCAGGGGGUGUUUUCAGGUUGAAAAAAGAGGGAACUAUGUCUUUUUCAAGGUAGAAAUAUGAUAGAAAGAUAAAAAUCUCGUUUUAUUGUUUGAUGUUAUUGAUCGAUAUAGACAGACACGUUUUAUGAUAGUUUUAAGGAAAAUUGGGGUUCCAUUUCAUAAUGAAUUUUUAUUAGGUUUCAUAAAAAUUUUAGUUUUUGGUAUCGCUUCUUGAAAUACCCUGGAUUUGGGGAACUUGCGGGCUCUUUGAUGAUAUUUUAUUACAUAGACUGAUACAAGAUGAUUACUGGCAAGCGACCGCAUGAACAAAGUCAUUUAAUGCAAAGUUUUGAAAUUCUAUGCGAUGAUAAAUUUUAAAAUCAUUCGCUGUAUUAGAGAGUUGUGGAAUAAACGACAUAUUAAUUUAUUAUGUGUCUUUAAUUUAUAACUUUAUAUUAAAAGAACAAAGUACAUGACAUAUUUAUGUUAAUAUAAAUCAUGACAUUCUCCAGAAAGCAGCAUAUACAUUGUAUUUGUAAUAGCUAUAAGUAAACCUUUGAGAUACUAAAAAGCAUGCAAUAGUUCAUAUAUUACAUACGGUGACUAAUAGGUUCAAUAGGCCUAAUGCAAACGAUUAAUUUUCAUACACUAGUAUAUUGAUUAAAAUUAAAAUAAAAUAACAAUUAUCUACAAUGUUUCACAAUAAUAAACAAUUACUCACUAUAUUCUCUAUUGUUCAAAUUCUGCUUCAAGGAGGAUGCGGAAGAAUUAAAUUUCAAUAUUGUAAAUAUUAAAUAAACAUGCUGUUUGAUUUGCAAAUUCAUGCAAUUGAAUGUACAUGUAUACGUUAGAGGAAAAGCUAUUAAUAUGUGCUUCAUUAAGAGUUUAAUAUCUAUGUAGCGUGUUGUUGAUUAUUUUAGCUUAACUACAUGGAUACAUAUAAAAAAAAUUGCAUAACAAUAAUUCCCUUUUUUGUAAUAAUGUGUGCUUAUUUCAUUUAUUAUAGUGACUUAUCUAUUGUAAAUUUAUUUUUCUUAUGUGUAUAUUGUAUGUACGAUCAUUUAGUGAAGUUUAAAACAGUUACAAGUUGCAAACAGAUGACCCAUUGAGAUAGUCACGUGAAUUUUUUUUUUAUAGUCGAAAGGUUUCCUUGUAUUGCUUUGGAAUUAAUUAUAUAUAUAUAUAUAUAUAUAUAUAUAUAUAUAUA